GUACAACAGAUACGGUUGCGGUAUCUCAGGCGCAGGUCAGUGAGUCAUGUCACAAGGGGAUGCAACGUCACGAUCACGACAGAAAUUGUGUGUGGCAUGUGUCCGAACGAGAGAGUAAAGAGGAUUUUUUGUGUUAAUAAAAAACAUAUUAUAUAAGAGAAUUGAGAUUACAAAUAGUUAAAACUUUAAAUAAUGGCAUCACGAUUCAGUGCAGCGUUACAAAUCACAAAUCUGGACGACUUUAUCACUCCAUCACAGGAAUGCAUUAAGCCUAUAGAAAUCCAAUCAGAAAAAAGCAAAACAGGUGCAAAGAUAAAGAUCGAAUUGGACAAUGCUACUACAGUACUUAAGGAGAUUAAGCAACCUAAAAAAUUGCAAAAAGUUGAGAUAACACUUGCCGAUUGUUUAGCAUGCAGUGGUUGUAUUACAUCAGCUGAGAGUGUCCUAAUUACUCAACAAAGUCAAGAAGAAUUGCUUAGAAUAUUCCAAGAAAAAGUAGCUCAACAGACUGCAGGAAAUACAGAUAUCAAAUAUAUAGUAAUAAGCUUAUCAGUGCAACCUGUAUUAUCUCUUGCACAACAUUAUGAACUCACACCCGAGCAAUGCCUUCAUAAACUGGCAGGCUUCUUUUAUCAAUUAGGAGCUGAUGCAGUAUUAGACAUGACAGUGGCUGACGAUUUUGCUUUGAUAGAAGCUGCGAAAGAAUUCGUUGAACGUUAUAAAGCUAGUAAAGAAGGUAUAAAGAAUCAGUUACCGAUGUUAUCAUCUUCUUGUCCAGGUUGGGUAUGUUACGCUGAAAAGACUCAUGGAAAUUUUAUAUUACCGCAUAUAAGUGUCACGAAAUCACCUCAACAAAUUAUGGGGUCAUUAGUAAAAUAUCAUUUAUCCGAGACUAUGGGUUUUUCCCCAGAACAAAUAUAUCAUGUUACUGUAAUGCCUUGUUAUGACAAAAAGUUGGAAGCGUCAAGAGAGGAUUUUUAUAAUCAACAAAAAAGUACAAGGGAUGUAGACUGCGUUAUAACAUCGAUUGAAUUGGAGCAAAUGCUAAAUGAGAAAGGUUUAGCAUUAGACGAGAUAGACGAAGGUAAAAUCGAACAGCCAUUCGGUUCUUACAGCGAGAAAAUUGAUAAUAAAUUAUGGGGUCACGAUGGCUCGGGUUCUGGUGGCUAUGCGAACUUCAUUUUCCGUUACGCAGCAAGAAAUCUCUUCGACCAGGAGAAUGUCACAGUGGACUUUAUGAAUCUCAGAAAUCCGGAUUUUCAAGAAGCUGUGUUGAAAAGGAACGAUCAAGUGCUACUAAAGUUUGCCAUCAUUAACGGUUUCAGGAAUAUACAAAACAUGGUUCAGAAAAUGAAAAGGGGCAAAUGUGACUACGAUUAUAUAGAAGUCAUGGCAUGCCCGUGUGGUUGUUUAAAUGGUGGAGCACAAAUAAAAGCAAAAGGAAAUGUUCAGCCUCGGGAACAUGCAUCCAUGUUGGAAAACAUAUAUCAUAAACUUCCAUUGAGUCAACCCGAGGAGAAUGAAGUGGUACAGCAUUUAUAUCAAACUUGGUUGGCAGAAGAAAACACGGACAAAGUUAGAGCAUACUUCAGUACGCAGUAUCACGAGAUAGAAAAAAUGAAUACAGCGCUUGCAAUAAAGUGGUGA